AUGUUGCUGCACGAUCCAAAAAUUUCUACUUUUAUUAUCGACGAUCGCGUGGUCGCGGGUACUCCAAAUAAAUCUCAGGUAUUUCAAAAAUCAGAUACCAUUCGAACGAGACAGCUCGUUCAGCGUUCUUUAGCAACUUUACCUGAUUUUUCAAUCGAAAAAGACUCAACAAAUCGCUCAACAUUACUUACUGUUAUUCUGCCUCACUCUUCAACCAAUUUUGGCCAAUUUAUUGCUAAAGUAGUCGACAUUUCACCUGUCAUAGAUCUAUCAGAACGCGAUAUCAACAGGACAUUUUUAGCGUCACCAUCAGAUUUCAAGACCAUCAAUAUUCACGGCCUUCAUCCUGGCCAUCAGUAUAGUGUAUCAGUGAUUGGUAGACGAAAGGGUGAAUCGGAAUUGAUCAAAGAAGAAAGAGUGAUAACAGAUCCAAUAGCGCCAGAUUUUGCCUCACGUAAUGCAUCCAUCAUUUCCUAUCAUACCAAUAUUACUUUACGAGCAUUGAAACCUGAAAAAGCUCUGCAGGAUAGCUAUCAAAUAUCUUAUGUACAACUUGACCCACUACGAUAUUUUCCAAAACUUGAAGUAAACGAUAUUCCGGAACAAAGAUAUAUUGAAAUUUAUCUUGGAAAUUU